AUGCCUAUCCUCCACAACACCUUCGUUCGCGCUCACAUCAACUUGGGCUUCGAGCUUGAUGAUCCAGCAGGCGUGAACUCGCUUCCUGAGCUUCUCGAGUUCAACGCCAAGCACAAUCCCGAUCAUCUCUUUGCGAUUCAACUACGCUCUGGCGACAUAUACUCGGGGCGCAAGAUCACUUUUGCAGAGCUCUCUUUGGCCGUCGAGCGUGCUGCUGGAUGGCUCGUCCACAUCGGUGUGACGACAGGUCGUACCUCACGCACAGACAUCAUCGCACCAGUUGCUAUCUUACUGGGUAGCGACGUCGGCAUUUUCAUCUACAUACUUGCGCUUCUACGCAUAGGAACUCCCGCCCUGCUCCUGUCCGCUCGUUUGACUCCAGUUGCGAUCGCACACCUCAUGAAGGCAACCGGCCCAUCUACUGUUUUGACAUCCUCGCAGGUUGCGCGCUCAGUAAAGGAAACCAUGCCCUUACUUGAUGGCACAUCGGAUAAACCACAGUUCAUCCCGGCUCUGACCGCCGACGAUUUCCUCGACGGCACGCACGCGCAGUUGCAGAGUCUGCAGACCCCCCCUGUCUACCGCGACUUUCAUUACACCGACCGCGAUGCUAUCAUCAUGCACUCGAGUGGCACAACUGGCCUUCCGAAACCGAUUUAUCAUGCACGCGCGUAUGGUCUUGCAAUCGCCUCUGGUCACAGAACCCCCGAGCAGAAGGCACCUAUGCACUUCAAUGCCUCAACCCUUCCCUUGUAUCAUGGUUUCGGUCUCGGGGCACCAGGGCUUGCGUUAUCCAUCGGCUUGACCUUCGUUUUACCAGCAGCCACUACCAUCCCAACUGCUCGUUCUACCUUGAAACAGCUCGAGUUCAGCAACGCCCGCUCUCUAUUCACCGUGCCCUCGAUUAUCGAAGACCUUCUGCGCGAGGGUGACAGGGCAAUCAAGGCGCUUCAACAACUAGAGUUUGUAGCCGUGGGAGGCGCUUCAAUCGGCGAGAAGGUUCUUCAAGAGCUUGUGGCGCACGACAUCAAGCUUCUCAACCAUUGGGGCGCCACCGAGUUCGGUCCCAUCGCGCCUAUAGAGCGUCCACCACCAGGGUACGACCCUCGCUACCUGAUGCCGCGCACCGAUACCGGUCUCGAGUUUCGCCCCGUCGACGGCUCCAAGCAGCACUUCCAGCUUGUUGGGCGCCCCGCGGGCUGGGACCAAGAGCUCGUGGUGCAGGAUCUGCUUGAGCGCCAUCCGCACGAUGCAUCGCAGUACAGGAUUCUCGGGCGCGUUGAUGACCUCAUCGUCCUCGGGACCGGCGAGAAGGUCCGGCCCACGGGCAUCGAGACAGCUGUCGCGGAGCAUCCUGACGUGCGCGCUGCAAUUGCAUUUGGCGACGGCAAGGCAUCGCUGGGCCUUAUCGUCGAGCUCGUCGGCGUUGGUAGUGGAGCGGCGCGCGAAGAUGUGCUUGCUGCCCUCGAUCCCUACCUUAUUCGCGGUAAUACCCUCAUGGAUAAACACGCCAAAGUCUCGCGCGAGAUGCUCGUGCUCACCUACGCCGACACAAAACCCCUUCCACGCACGGACAAGGGUUCGCUGUCUCGAAAGGCUAUCUUUGCCGCCUUUGACGAUGAGAUCAAGGGCGCCUAUGAGUGUGCCGAGACAGCCGCCGCGGCGCCGCUUCCUUCACGCGAUGAUCCUUCUGCGCUCAGGAGCGCUCUGCGAGGUAUUAUCGGAACUGUGCUGUCCCUGGACAACUUGGAUGACCUCGACGAUGCCGCUGACUUAUUCGAGGCGGGCAUGGAUAGCCUUCAAGCUGCGCGCGCUCGCCAAACCCUCCUCAACGGUCUUCGCAUCACACCCGGCCUUCCCCGUCCCGUCGAUGAUCUGCCGCGCGACCUCAUAUAUGAACACUCGUCGGUCAACGCGUUGCUCGCCUUCUUGGAGAAGUUGAUGGACGGGGAGUCCGCGAAGGGCGAACACGAUGCUGAGAAAGAACGCCUUGAGGCUAUGCGCGCUCUUGUCGAGAAGCACACAGCUCAGCUACGUUCCUACACGGAGGAUGCCUUGAACGCUCGCACCGCUCGCGGUCAGAGCACGCCGAGGAAGCAUGAAGAUAAUGUCAUUCUCAUCACAGGCGCCUCGGGCAGCCUCGGCUGCCUUCUUCUCGCCCGCCUGGCCAUGGACCCUUCCGUGAACAAGGUUAUCUGCCUGAACCGUGGCGGGCUCGAGGCCCGCCAGCGUCAGAUGGACGCAAUGAAGGAGCGCGGCGCCUCUCUCGACGAUCACAUAUGGAAGGAGAAGGUCACUGUCCUCGGUUGCGAUACCAGCAAGCCCUAUUUCGGUCUCCAGGCGGAGUUAUACGAUGAACUGCUUUCCGUGACGCAUAUCAUUCACAAUGCUUGGCCCGUCAACUUCAAUCGCACCGUGACCUCGUUCGACUCGUCCAUCACGGCGCUCGACAACCUCAUACACCUCGCUCUGUUUAGUGCAACUCGCAACGCAUCCGAUCAUCGCCCGCGUCGCAUCCUUUUCGCGUCUACUAUCGCUGUCGCCGGCCGCUACCCUCUUCUCAAUCCAGGCGCGGGCGCCGUUCCCGAGAUCCCGCUUGAGGCACAUGUGACGGCUGCGUUCGGCUAUCCUGAAGCAAAGUGGGUGGGCGAAGAAAUCUUGCUGGCAGCAAACAAGCUUUUCGGCAGUGAUGAACAGCCGCUCAUCGAGGCAUCGAGUGUGCGUAUCGGACAAAUGACUGGCCCAGAGGGUUCGGGCGUAUGGAAUGCGAGCGAGCACUUUCCCAUCAUUGUGGCGACAUCGCAGAAACUGAAAGCGGUUCCGGAGCUGGAGGGUACGCUUUCGUGGAUCCCGGUGAACCGCGCAGCCAAUGCGAUCACCGACUUCCUAUUCGCGAAAGAUUUCGCGCCCAUCAUGCACUUGGAGAACCCCGCGCGUCAAACUUGGUCUAGUGUGUUGACGAAUCUCUCUGAGCUGCUUGGAGGUGCGGACAGUCUCCCAUACGCCCAGUGGCUCGAGCGCGUGCAUGCUCUGGGCAAUGAUCCGCAGAAGAAUCCCGCUUCGAAGCUCUUCGAGUUCCUCGAGCGCGAUUUCCUGCGGAUGUCAUCUGGAACCGUUGCGCUCGGUACGGAGAAGGCAUGCUCUGUCUCACAGACUAUGGCGAGCAGCGGCCCGAUCGAAAGGCGUCAUUUGGAGGAGUAUGUUCGUUACUGGAAGUCAGUGGGUGCGAUGGAAGCUUGA